AUGGCAGGGGCUUCGGGGGGUCCUCUGCCCCAACCCACAGUGAGGAAGAAAAAAAGCAUAUCUAUUGAGGAGAAACUGGGCAUCAUAAGCGCUGUGGAGAGCGGCAAGAAAAAGGCAGACGUCGCAGCCGAGUACGGCAUAAAGAAGAAUUCCUUGUCUUCAAUUAUGAAGAAUAAAGAAAAAGUUUUGGAGGCCUUUGAAUCUUUGCGAUUUGAUCCUAAAAGAAAAAGACUAAGGACUGCUUUUUAUACCGACCUGGAGGAGGCAUUGGUGAAGUGGUACCGAAUUGCUCAGUGCUUGAAUGUGCCGGUAAACGGUCCUAUGUUGCGCCUCAAAGCUAAUGAUUUUGCCCAGAAGCUUGGACAUAGUGAUUUUAAAUGCAGUAAUGGCUGGGGCCAACGGGUUCAAGGCUGGCUCGAUCGUUUCAAGUCAAGGUAUGGCUUAGUUUUCAGAGCUCAGCCUGUAGAAGCAGCUGCUACUACUACAGUGGAUACUCCAACUCUUUGGUACCAAAAUGUUCUUCCUCGUUAUUUAAAUGAUUAUCAGCCAAAAAACGUGUUUUAUAUACAGGAGACCGGAUUGUUGUACCAGAUGUUACCGCAUAACACAUUUGCAUUUAAAGGGGAAACUUGUUCUGUAGGUAAAGUAAGCAAAGAGAGAAUAACCGUGGCAGUGGGUACAAAUAUGGAUGGCUCCGAGAAACUUCCUUUGCUUGUUAUAGGAAAAAACAAAAGUCCACGCUGUUUCAAAGAUGUGAAGUCGCUACCUGUGGAUUUUGAAGCAAAUGAUGCAGCGUGGAUGACUUCAGAAGUGUUUGAACAGUGGAUGCAUAAACUUGAUGACAGAUUUCAAGCGCAGCAGCGACAAGUAGUUAUUCUUGUCGAUUCUCUCCCAGCUCACACAGAAGUAAAGAACCUGAAGUCUGUCAAAUUAGUGUUCUCUCCUCCAGACUCUCCUUCAUGUAUAGCUACAAAACAAGGGGCUAUCAGGAGUCUGAAGGUUAAAUACAGACGCUGUCUUAUCAAGAGAUUUGUUGACUGCGUAGAAGGUAAUAAAGAGUUUAUGCUGACUCUUCUUGAUGCAAUUGAGAUGUUGCACCUGUGCUGGAGGAAAGUAACACAAGAGACUAUUGUAAAAAGUUAUAAUGAAGCCGGAUUCAAAUUAGAAACCAAGGCAAAUGGUAACGACACAGAGGUUGAAAGUGAUUUUGAUUUGAUUGCACAUGCACGGGCAGCUGGAGUGGAGUUUCCAGCAGGUUUAUCUUUGGAGGAAUAUGCAGCUCUAGAUGAUGGCUUGGUAACUUGCGAAAUGCCCACGAAUAUUGAAACGAUGUGUGCCAAAGAAAGGGCAUCAGAUAAAGCUGGGCCAUUUGUUGGUGAUGAAGGUGAGGAUGAAGGUGAUCGAUUUCAGGGAGCUGAACAGCCUUUACCAUCAAAAAAUGAGGCUUUGAGUGCUUUAGAUACCCUUGGAAAGUUUCUCAGAAGUCAAGAUAUGAAUGAUUCUCUUCGUGAUUCCCUAGCUGACCUGGAGAAUUUUAUUGAACAUGUAGCAUGUAAAUAA